ACUCACCUUCUGUCAUUCCUUUGGUCCAGGUAGAGAUCUUAGGACCCAAAGAAGAUGUCAAGACGCAGUAGCCGAUUGCAAGCCAAGCAGCAGCAGCCACUGUCAUGUCAAGAGGAGUCUUCACAGGAACUGCAGGCACCAGAACAUCUCCAGACCAGAAAAAGGAGAACAGCAGAGCAGGAAAUUAAGAAGAAAGAAGAUGGAAAAAUUGCCAAAAAACAUCAAUAUGAAAUUAAGAGCUGUUGGCCGCCCACGAUAACAGGAGGCAUCUCACCGUGCAUAAUUAUUGAAACGCCCCACAAAGAAUCGGUAACCACUGACUUCUCAAGAUUCAAAAAAUACAGGUUCAGAAACCUCUUCAUAAAUCCAUCGCCUUUGCCGGAACUCAACUGGGGAAACUCCAAAGAUGUCUGGCUCAACAUCCUGAAGAAGGAGAACAGAUAUGCUCACUGCAAACACUUCACCUCACUACAUUCUAGUUUGCAACCGCACAUGCGAUCGAUACUGUUAGACUGGCUUCUAGAGGUAUGUGAGGUGUAUGCGCUCCACAGGGAAACCUUCUACCUAGCUCAAGACUUCUUUGACAGAUUCAUGUUGACACAAAAGAACAUUAACAAGAGCAUGCUCCAGCUCAUAGGAAUUACCUCAUUAUUCAUCGCCUCCAAGCUUGAGGAAAUCUACGCUCCUAAAAUACAGGAAUUUGCUUAUGUCACCGAUGGUGCUUGCAGUGAAGAUGAUAUUGUAAGAAUGGAACUUAUUAUGUUAAAGGCUUUAAAAUGGGAACUCUGUCCUGUGACAAUCGUCUCGUGGCUGAACCUCUACCUUCAGGUGGAUGCUCUGAAGGAUGUUCCCAAAGUGUUGCUACCUCAGUAUUCUCAGGAAAAAUUCAUUCAGAUAGCACAGCUCUUAGACCUGUGUAUUCUGGAUGUGAACUCCUUGGACUUCCAGUACAGAACACUAGCUGCUGCUGCACUCUGCCACUAUACCUCAAUUGAUGUCGUUAAGAAAGCUUCAGGCUUAGAUUGGGACAGCAUUUCAGAGUGCGUAGAGUGGAUGGUUCCUUUUGUGAACGUGGCAAGAAAAGUCCCCGUGAAACUGAAGAAUUUUAAGAAGGUUGCAGCAGAAGACAGACAUAAUAUCCAGACACAUACAAACUACUUGGACAUGCUGGAGGAAGUUAAUAGUGGAGUAGUGUCUACUGCCCCUGGUCAGUUAUCACCUGUAUCAACAGCGGGAAUAAUAACACCUCCCAAAAGUACAGAGAAGAAAUGAAAGAUGGACAACCAACUUCGUGAUCAGUUUCAGAACCACGACUAGGUGCUUCAAAACAAGACCACACUAAAGUUGACUCAUUUUAAUGCUCUUUAAUGAUACUGAAGACUUCGGCAGUAAGACCCGUUCAGCAGAGCAUCAGACAGAAAUCGGGACCAGUAUUUUCCUACAGCCUUGAUAAAAGAAGUUUUAGACCAAGCAUCCCUGCCUGUGUCAUCACAGGAGGCUGGACUACUUUAGUCUCUUCUCACAUAGGACUCAGUUCAACUCUGAACAUUCCUAAUUUAUGCAUUUCAAGAACAUGUUUUGAAAGGGCUGAGUGGCAGGGUUGGACAAUUCAGCUUGCUUACACAUCACUGUGCUUUAACUUGGGAUAGCCAUACAGAAGAACACGGUGCCAGCUUGUACAUAUUACCUCUUCUUGACCUUUUUUCUCUUGCCUGCAAGUUAUUCAGCUACGAGCUCAGGUGCAGUAUUACAGAGGUCAGUGAGUAAGCAGUUUACUGUUCUGAAACCGCUCUGCUCUUGGGCUAAGGUAGAGCCAGCCCUGUAGCAAGGUUUAAUUCCAUAGGAGGGGGAUAAAUCACCUUUUUGGGCUGCCAUCAACUUGAGCUCCAGCAUACCACUGACCUCAGGGAAGAGUACAAAUGGAAGCGUGCUGCUGAAGUAACCUAACUGGAAGAAGUACAGCCCUUGAAGGAAGGAGUUCUAAGGCCCAGCCAUGAACGUGCAACAGUAAAAAAACUAGAACUGGAGGGUAGGAAAGAAGUGAAGUGCUGGUAUUCUACAGCCACUCGUGUCCUAGGAGCAGUAUUUUAGGUAGCAACUGUAGAGCUAUGUUUUAUCAGUGUUCAAAAACAGCAUUAACUACUGUGUUUUCCUUGGAAUGUUUACUACCUCUGCAUCUGAGGUGCUUAACUUCUGUCGAUGAAGGGACAGUACUGGGAAAUACGGCUGCCAGCCCCUCUCUUUUAAGGUGCUCCUACCUGUGCCCCCUUCAGGGACAACUUAGUGCUGAGCAGUUCAUGAAGCUCUUUUCCACUAAGUUCCCAAACUUGAAGUCAGAGCUUCUUCAACCACUCCCUUGUGGAAAUAGCUGAAGUUGUUGUUUCAGGCCUUCUGUACAAUUUGUAAAGAUACGGGGUUUUAUUAUAAGAUUUCAUCUAUUUCUAAAUGAAAGAUACCAGACUGUAAAUGUUGUAUAAAAAUUUAAAUGAAUUUUAAAAAUAAAGUUGUGGAA